AAAAUAAAAUUAAAAUCAAAAAAAAGACGUAAAAACAUUUACACAUUUUUUUAUAUUUCCUAAAUAUUUUAAUUUAAAUACGGGAAAAUGAUUUGAAAUAAUAAAUAAUUGUUCAUAAAUUUGGUAAAAAAUGACUGACGAACGAAAUUUUCGUUCAUCUUAUUAUGAAAAGGUAGGAUUUCGUAGCGUUGAAGAAAAAAGAUCUUUGGAAAUAUUACUUAAAGAACGUCCUUUUGAUAAAGCAAAACUGAAACAGUUCUGCUUACGAUUUACAGUUCCUGCUAUAUAUAGAAAUUUUCUUUGGAAAGUAUUACUGGAUAUAAUACCAGUUUAUGUAGAAAGUCAUGAAUUUAUAAUAAGUCAAAGAAAAGCAGAAUUUCAGGAUCUACAAAAAGCCUUAAAAAUUGCAAAGAUUUUAGAUGAUUAUACAAAACCUCAUUUAAUGUUUCUCACUAUGUGGUUAUUACGUACUAGAAGAGCAAAACUUGAUAUGAAUACUCAAUUAGAAUUUCCUUUACAUAGAGCAAUGAAUAGAAUGGCUGAAACAUUAUGGCACAUUGUUGAUAUAGAUUCAUAUGAAGAAAAGCUUGUAGAUACAUAUUGGAUUUUAUGUGGAUUUUUAGAUCAAGUACAAAAAUUUCAUAAAGAAAUUAAUAGAUUACAAGAAUGUACUUGUACUUUAUUGGAAAGAGAAGAUCCAGAAUUAUAUAAGCAUCUUGUUAAAAUAGAAGCACUUUAUAAUAUUCCAUAUGACAUUUGGUUUUCUUCAUGUUUUGCAGGAACAAUAUCCAAUGGUUCUAUUGCAAAAAUAUGGGAUAAAAUAGCUGUAGGUGCAUAUAGAAUUUUAAUCUUUGUUACUGUAGUUACUUUAACAACUCUAAGAAGACUUCUAAUGAGAUGUGAAAAUAUUGAUGGUAUUUUAGAUACAAUUGCUAAUAUAACAGAAGAAACUUCUGAAGUAAUUGUUAACAAAGCAAUUGAAUCUUGGCAACAGAGUGGUUCAACAUUAACAACUAUUUCAUAAAGUAUUUGAGAAAAUUCUUAUAAGCAAAAUUGUAAUAAAAUACGAUCAUAUUAUAAAGUAAUUAUAAAGUAAUUGUAUUGUAUAAGUAUUAUAAAGUAAUUGAAUAAAGUAUGAAUAUUAAAUUUAAUUAUUUUCAAAUAAAUAUAAAUAUUUGUGUAUUUAUAGAAUAUGCUUUUUUAUAUUUUAAAAAUAAUUAUUUUUAUUAAUGCAUUCAUCAUACAUUGUACAUAUACAAUUAUUGAGGUGUUAAGUCUUAAACUGGACUUUAUUUUAUAUUAUUAUUCUUUUGUUUCUUUUGCAAUGUUAUAUUACAAUAAUUAAUGUAUUUCAGUGUGUAAGAGCAAAUUUUAAUAAAUAUCUUUCAAAUCAAGCAGAAAUAUAAAAUUAUUGCAUGUUGUAUCUAUAUUCUCCAAGAAAUCUAAUGUAAAUAAUUUAUUGUAUAUUCUCAAAAUUUUUGUUGAAUAUUUUUUUUAUUAUCAGACUCAAUAUUUCUAAUAAUUCUUGUAUAUAUUUAUUGUACAAUUAUAAUGGAAUUUCAUUCCACAAUUAAUCUUAACAGUGAUAUAAAAAGAAGAUUACACUUCGAUAUGCAUAGCAUUUUCUCAAUGCUAGAAUUGAUUCCAAACGGAAUAGUACUAAUUGAAAAUUUUUUUUAUACAAAUUGAGUUUAUUUUCAUUUAUUUGAGUUUUUACAAAAAAAAUUUUAUAGUGCAAUUUAUUUACAUCUUUUCUGAUUAAAAAAUAUUAUUCUUGGAGAAAAGUGAGAUCAUACAAAAUUUUAUUUUUUGCUCACGCAUUGCACCAUAAUUUCAUUUCAAAUUCCUACUAUUUUCUAAUGUUACAACUCUUAAAUAGAUUUUCUGUUACUAGUCAUUCUUUUUUCAAUGGGAUUUGAGCAUGCUCUUUUAUUGUUAAUUAAUUCAUAAUAAAUGAUGGCAAUUUUAUAUACAUAACUGAAAAAAAUUAUAAAUAACGAAACUAUAUUCGUUUCAAAAUCUUAUAAUAUGUUAUAAAAUCAUAAUGAUGUGCAAAUUUUAAAUUAAAAUCAAAAUUCAUUGAUUUUAAUUCAGACAGAUUAAAUUUCAAAUUCAGAGAGUUAUUUAGGCUAUAGUAAUGCAUACAGUUUUGCAGAUAUUAAUUUUUUUUAUAAAAUACAAGUAAAAUGCACAAAUAUACUAUGCUAUUGUAUUAUGUUAACAUCAAUGACUCCAAUUUAUAACAUGCAUAUUUUAACAUUUGAGGAAUACCAUUAAGCACUCAAUUAAUAAUGUUUGUAACAUUAUUGAUCAAGAUUUACCACUCAAAUGGCAAAGUAUAAUUUUAUGUAAUGCAUAGUUUUUUUUUUUCUUUUUGAUUAAGGCCAUUCAUUCUGUUGAUGUCUAAUUAUUAAAAUAAAUAUUUUAUGCAAAGAAAAUAGUUAACAUACUUUACAAACAUCAGCUAACUUUUACUAGAUAUUAUAUGCAAUUAGAAACUUAUUUCCUAUUUCAGCUAUGUAAAGUUUCAUUUACAACGUUUUUUUAACAUUUUUUUUUCGCAACUAUUGCACUUUUUUUUCCUCGUUAAAUCAAAGAUAUAUUUAAAACAAAGGAAUGCAUAAAAAAUAAAACAAAAAACGCAAAUAAAUAUGUUGUUUGCCAACUUACAAAAGUGUUAUAGAAAAUAUCUUAAACUGAAGAUUCAUGAUACUUGUGAUCAAAGUAACAAGUGCUCUUUCCUAAAUUAAAAAAA